AUGCAAGACCACAGCGACAACCAGCGCGUGGACUACGGCGUUCACCACAAAAUGACCAUGACCAAGCUUUCCUGGUUCUCCUUGGCUACCGCGGGAUGGCUCGCGGGUGCUUCCACGGAUGCUUACUAUGAGUCGGUGACAGCGGGCCAAGGAUUCUCGUGCGGUGUUUUGGAGGCGACCGGGCGGGUGGAGUGCUGGGGGGAGGGCGCCCUGGGUGACACGCCUUCCCUCGACGUCCUGGAGGGAAAACUACUGGACGAGCACCACCUGUCCAUCUCCGGAGGUGGGUUUCACGUCUGCGGACUUUACUACGAGGGGGGUGAGAAGCUCAACAAGAACGUCCGGGCGUACUGCGUGGCUUCUUUCGAUGACGGGGCUGAGCAGGAUGCGGGACAGCUGAACAUCCCCGACCUGCCCGACGGGAAGUACUGGAGGGAGAUGAGCGCGGGGGGUCAGCACACCUGCGGCAUCGACACCGACCGCAUGGUACACUGCUGGGGAUCGGAGGAUGGCUUGCGCCGCGACCUGGGGGAGUUCGCGGGCAUGGAGCACCGCCACAUCUCCGCCGGAGGACUUGCCACUUGCGGCAUCCUCAUGUCGGACCGCACCGGCUACUGCGUCGGCGAGGUGCCCCAGGCUAUGCUCCCGGAGGAGUACGCUAACACGCAGUUCGCGAGGCUCGAGGCCGGGGGCGCCUUCUCGUACGGCCUGGUGAAGGACACGAAGGAGCUAAUCAAGUGGGGUCCGACCGAAGGCGAUCCGGCCGCUAUCGUGGAGAGCAUCCCCGUCGAGCCCCCGACGGGCUUCCGGUCCAUCAAGACUUUCAGCAUUGCCGCCGGGGCUGCCCACGUUUGCGCCACGGGAAGGCGCAACAGGAAAGCCAUCGCUAGCGGCCUCCCCACGAAGGGAGCGUGGUGCGCGGGCACCGGCGGAGAGGAGAUCUCCGGUAUCUCCGACGCCGCCUAAGCACUCUCCAUUGGGUGCCACCCUCUGCCUAUAGUGCCUCCGUGUACCACAAGUAGCGAUGCCUAGCUUCUUGCAUACCUUCAGCGGGGCGUUGCGAUUCUCCGGCAUGUAGCGGGGGGGGGUGUACUCAUGGUUUGUGUUGCCUUAGCGGUUAGAGGUUAGGGUUAGGGUUAGAGCUUGGGGGGUGUUUGUUGUUUGCCUGACGGUAUGUGAUAUGAAAUCACGCAUGUAUUAAGAGGUGUGGUGUGCUAUGCACAGCGGUCUCGUUUCGCUUCCGGCAUGAUAUCCAUUGAGGCGAUUUGUUUUUGUGCUUGUUUCCGUGUGUCCUCUCCCGUUUUCUUGUGUGCACUGUGUGGACACCAGGCGCCCCCGUGUUUCCCUUGCUCGCCUUCUGGUGUCUACGUCCACCUCCGUUGUCUUAGCCAUGGGGAGUCUCGUUUCGAGGAAAGGGGGGCGUACUCAUGUUUCCAGGGGGCCAUGCUGUGACGAGCCCGAUACCAUGACCGUGGAUUCGUAAGGUCUCCAGCACGUGUGAGCCGGACACAGUGUUUAUCUGGGCA